AUGGCCAAAAGAAGAACAAAAAAGAGAACACACCAAGUUCCCGAUCCAGAGGAGGUGGCCAAGAUCCCCAAAUCAAUGGUCCUUUCUCUUGGGGCGUCGCUCAAAAACACAUCUUUGGCACAGUUGGUGAAAGAUUUUCGUUUCGUCAUGCAGCCCCACACGGCAAUCAAUUUGAGAGAACGUAAGACAAACAAGUUGAAAGAUUUCGUUGUGAUGACCGGUCCUUUGGGUGUAUCUGAUCUAUUCGUGUUCAAGCAAUCGCAAUCUACCGGAAAUGUGUCGUUGCGUAUAGGUAAAAUGCCUAAAGGUCCCAGCUUGCAGUUCAAAAUCAACACAUACUCUUUGAUGAAAGAUGUGAAGCGGAUCUUGAAGCAUCCAAAAUCUGUUGGAAGAGGCUCGGCUUUAUUCAAUCAGCCGCCUUUGCUUGUGAUGAAUGGAUUUUCGACGAAAAUCAAUGAGAUGGAGAACCACGAGAAAUUGAUGGUCACUGUUUUCCAGAAUCUUUUUCCUCCUAUCAAGCCUCACGAGACUAGGGUGAGCUCUAUCAAACGUGUGCUUUUGAUUCAGAGGACGGAAAACGGCGAGAUUGAGUUGAGACAUUACGCUAUCAACACGAAAUUGGUUGAGGAAAGCAGAAAUAUCAAGAAGCUCAUCAACUCACACCACGAUUUGAAGAAAAAAUUGCCCGUAAUGACCACACAUGAUGACAUUGCAGAUUUGGUGUUGGAUCCAUACUCUGUUGGAGGAUUAACCUCGGACUCUGAAGUAGAGGACGACGCAGUUGUUGAAGUGCAGAACGAACAGGCCAAGUCCGUCAAGCAUCAUGAGGCCAUGUCUUCUUCUGGAACAAGAAAGAGAGCCAUCAAGUUGGUCGAGCUUGGACCUCGGAUCAACAUGUCGUUGGUGAAGAUCGAGGAGAGUAUGUUGGGCAGCACGAAGGUCAUUUACCACUCGAAGGUGAAGAAGCUGAGUGAAGAAUUGAAGGAGUUGGAAAAGAGACAUCAAAUUCGUCAAAAGGAGAAGGCCGAGCGCAGAGCGAUUCAAAAGGCCAACGUUGAGGCCAAAUUGGCCAAGAAAGAGGCCAAGAAGGCACGUAAGUUGGCACGUAAGAACGGUGAAAGUGCCGAUGGAGUAGCUGAGGCCGAGUCCGAGUCCGAGUCCGACAGUGAUGCACCUGAGAUCAAUCCUAGCGACUACGAAAAUGACAGUGACUUGUUCAGCGACGCCGAGUAA